AUGCAUGAAGCUAAAAGUCUGGUGAUUCCACUGUCUCAACAAGCCAAGUUUUUUGUUACUCAAUGUCCUAAGACUGAUGAAGAAAUGAAGCAGAUGCUUUCAGUGCCAUACUCCAAUGCAGUUGGAUCAGUCAUGUACAUGAUGAUAUGUACUAGACCAGAUCUUGCUUAUGCUAUAAGUAUCCUCAGUAGAUACAUGUCCAAUCCAGGAAGAGAGCAUUGGGAAGGAUUAAAAGGAGUUCUCAGAUACAUUAAAGGGUCAGCUGAUUGUGGUUUGUUAUUUGAGAAGAAUGGUAUUUUUAAAGGUGAUCCUCUCAGAGGUUAUGUUGAUGCAGAUUAUGCUGCUAAUAUUGAUUGCAGGAGAUCCCAAACAGGAUAUAUAUUUACUCUGUAUGGGACUGCAAUCAGCUAG